AUGUCUUACGAUCGUGUAGGAACACCCUCGCAGCAGCUCAUUCAAGCGGACGAUGAUGACCUUGAUACCCUUUCAUUCUCACACCCUAAUCCUACUGUCAGCGCUUCUGGCUCUUCUUCGUCCCAACCACAACCGCAGGCUGGACCAUCCAACCCUUCUGGUGUAUCAGGUAGGAUAGGACAGAGCUCCCAGCCGCGUAGAGAGACAGGAUGGGGAGGUGUGAAAAUGGAAACUAGAUAUACGGGAGAGUCGACCUUGGAUGAACCCGUCACGAAGACUAUUAUGAGGGAUCUCAAUUCGAUAUAUGCCAAAUUACUUCAAGUGCUCUAUCCACCAAAGGGAGGUGGUAAUAAUCAAUUACUUCGAGAUUGGGAUUUAUGGGGACCUUUGGUGAUUUGCUUGACAUUAGCUAUUAUCCUAUCGCUUGAUGCACCACAAGAGCAAUCAAUGCAAGUCUUUUCGCUUGUCAUUUCGUUAGUCACUAUCGGUUCGGUGGUAGUUACCAUAAAUUCAAAGUUGUUAGGAGGGAAAGUAUCGUUCUUCCAAAGUCUUUGCGUACUAGGCUACGCUCUCGCCCCCAUCCUCCUCGCUUCCAUCGUAUCUCUACUAGUCCACACGCUAUUCGUCAGGAUACCAGUCAGCUUAGCAUGUUGGGCAUGGUCCGUGUGGGCAUCGAUGAACUUCUUCACCGGUACGAGAUUACAGGAAUCACGUACUUUCUUAGCUGUCUAUCCAAUGUGUUUGUUCUUCUUCGUAUUCGCUUGGAUGAUCAUGAUUCAGUGA